AAAUGCUAUGAUUCGAUUACACACGAAACCUGAAUGUGUUAAUGAAGUGUUGUCCAUCAUGUGCAGCAGUCACGUGUGGUGGAAGGAGGUACGGCGUCGAGUUUUUCGCCCUCCUCUCUGCAAACUCUGCCACCACCAUAACACCACCAGACCCACGCUCUCUCUCUCUCUCCCUCCAUAGAGACAAAAGAAGAGAGAGAGAGAAUAAUACACCAAGAAGUGGACAUACAGAUUACAGAGAGGGAGCUCCUACUUUAAAGUUUCCACAUCUUACCUCCUAAAAAAAACUUUUUAAGGGUGUGAAAUCAAUAUUCACACAGUGAUCUGCACACACAUGUGCUAUCUUUUGUACAAACCACUUGCAGGCUUUUUCACCAUCUCUUCUACUGCCAGUACCAUUAUUAUUUUUAUAAUAAUUAUUAGUACUAUUACCCGUUGAAAACAAGUGUUGUUCAUAUCCAGAGAGAGGGAUAGAUCAGACUCUCUCUCUCUCUCUCUCUACCCUAAUUAUUUUUGAAUUCAAUAUAGUAACUCUCACUCUCUCUGCAAUUCUAAACUGCUUUCAACAUAAAUCACUCAUACACACACUCGCACGCACACACAAAUAUAGUACUAAUAGCUAUUUCGGUUUAGCAGAACUCUUUGGUUUGUUCUGGCCUGUAAAUAAUUAUCCCCAAUUUCCGUAACCCUAAUUAAAUUACUUCCUCUUUCUUCUUUCAAUUUUAUAUUUAUUUUUUAUUUUUGCAUUUCCAUUACCACAUUUAUUCGUGGUUUCUACUGGUACUUUGUUUACUACUUAAUGCAUAUGUUAUAUUGUAGCAAUAUUGUUUAACAAUUAUCUUUCAAAAUAAGAAUUAAAAAAUAAAUUUUGCUUAAGAAUGGAAGUUUCUUCGGGCUGCUCUUCUUCGGUAUCAACACUGUUGCAGCCGCCGCAUCCCAAGCCGCCACUAGAGUAUCCAGAUUUGUACGGGAAGCGCCGUCAGCUGGCUAAGGUUCAGAUUUUGGAGAGGGAGAUCGGUUUUCUUAAGGAGGAACUAAAAUCCAUUGAUGGCCUUCAACCUGCUUCUCGGUGCUGCAAAGAGGUUGCUGAUUUUGUGGAGGCAAAUACAGAUCCUUUAGUACCUGCAAGUCGGAAGAUUCAAAGCUCAUGUCGGUUCUGGAAGUUGAUCUGUGCAGCAGCCUCCUGCUUCAACUUCUCAUGGAUUUGCUCUUAUGGGUGCUGUCCUGAUUUUAAAAAGCCAAACUGCUGCGACUGCAAUUUAUGCAACUGCCAUUCAUGUGUCUGUUGUUCGGUAUCAAACUGCAAGUGUUGCUCCUGCCCUCGCUCCCAAUGCUUUGGCAAGAUCUCAUGCAGUAGAAGCUGUUGCAUAUUACCAUGUCCUUCCUGCCUACAUUUCUCUUGCAGUAGAUGGACAUGUUCUUGUCCUGAUUGUCCAAAGUUACCCUUGUUUUUCUGUUGUACAAAAAAAUGUUGCUAUCCUUGCUGUUUCUGUUAUUAGUAUAUUUAUGCAAUGAUCCCAUAUGGAAGCUUUUUCUUCAA